CCUACGCCGUAAUAGACAUAUCCUGAUCUUCAUGAAACCUUCAAGUAAAGCUUAGCCCAAAGAAAAAAAAGAAAAACAAAAUCUGUUACUUGGAAUCCAAAUUUUUUAUUUCUGUUGUUCUUGUUCUCAAACUAAUUCUGCUUCAAUGUCACUACUGAAGUUGCUUAUGCAUUUAUCUCCUUUCUUGGUUGCUCAUUUAUUCGUAUCAGGAAUAAACUCAACAUAUGAUCCAAGACCUCUCUUCUAUGUCACCCCAACGAUCCCAACUGGAAACACAAUUGGAUGCAAGGCGUUGACAAGUAACAAGCCAGUUUUUUCUUCAGGACCUGUAUACGCUGUGGCAAGAUCACCAUUAGACGGGAUAGCUGUACGUUCUUCAGGACCUGCCGAACCGCCGAUAAUAGCACCAAGCCUUUCCCCACAAGUUAAAAAACCACCAAGCCUUUCGCCACAAGGGAUAACGCCACCAAGGCCUUCGCCACAAGGGAUAGCGCCACCAAGGCCUUCGCCACAAGGGAUAGCGCCACCAAGGCCUUCGCCAGAAAUAAGUCCUAGAAGUUCGGCACCAAUUAUAGCAGCAGUUAUAUUUAGUUUUGUUGUUAUCAUUCCUUCUGUAGUCAUGCCUUUUAUUUUGAGGGCAAGAUGGCGUGGGAAGUCUGAACAAGAUCCGCAGGAUGUGGAAGAUGAUCAUAUAAAGCAUGUUCCAGGAAUGCCUGUCAGGUUCUCAUACCAACAACUGUACGUUGCAACUAAUAAUUUCAACGAGAGACUUGGAAGAGGCGGCUUCGGGUCUGUAUUCAAAGGAAAAUUGGGAGAUGGAACACAAAUUGCUGUGAAGAGGUUGGAGAAACGAGGCCAAGGAAUGAGUGCUUUUUUAGCAGAAGCCGAGGCAAUUGGAAGUCUGCACCAUUUUAACUUGGUGAGGUUGAUUGGAUUUUGCGCAGAGAAAUCCUCUAGGCUUUUGGUUUUUGAGUAUUUGAGCAAUGGAUCGUUGGACAAUUGGAUUUUUAUGAAUGUACAAGGAUCUUUCCUUGAUUGGCAGACCAGGAAGAAGAUUAUACUCGACAUAGCAAAAGGCCUGGCUUAUCUUCACGAAGACUGUCGACAUACCAUAAUACAUCUUGAUGUAAAACCACAGAACAUUCUUUUGGAUUCAAGUUUCCACGCCAAAAUCGCUGAUUUUGGGUUAUCCAAGCUAAUCAAUAGAGAUAUGAGCCAGGUUCAAAUCUCAAUGAGAGGAACACCGGGAUAUCUUGCUCCAGAAUGGCGUCAACCAUUAGGUCGUAUUACGGUUAAAGUUGACAUAUAUAGCUUCGGAAUUGUCCUCCUUGAAAUAGUUUGUGCACGCAGAAAUGUAGACCAAUCACAACCAGAAUCUGCCUUUCAUUUGCUUACAAUGCUGCAGAAGAAAGCUGAUCAUCAAGAUGGAGUAAUAGACAUUGUGGAAAAUUUGGAUGAAUACACGCGGAGUGAUAGAGAGGAAAUAACGAGGAUGAUAAAGGUUGCUGCUUGGUGUUUGCAAGAUGACCCAGAAAGAAGACCUCUCAUGUCAACAGUUUUAAAAGUGCUGGAAGGUGUUAUGGAGGUAGAUUCAAAGAUCAAUUAUCGGUUUUCGCAUGCAAUGAUAUCUUCUCCAGCUGGUAACAACCAUAUUUCUUCAGCACCUCCUCCAGCAUCUGUUCUUUCCAAUCCUAGAUGAUGUAGUUGUAAGACUCUCUCUCAUGGCAGAAAUAAAAUCUAUCAUGCUUCUUGUCGCUUCUGCAACUUUUCCAUCAUGCUAUCCUAAGCUAACCACAGCUUUUUUAGCACUUGUCUAGCAAGGUAGUGACAUGUCUCAAGUAGUUUGCCGGUGUACUGGAGAAUAGUCUUCAGAAUUUUCAACAUUUGAUUAUUCAAAGUCGUUGGCUCUUGACUAGGCACUACGAGAGUUUUUCA